CCAACAAGUUAUCACUAGCUAGCAAGCUAACUCAAACAAAUCAACCUCAAAAGCAGAAUGUCUGGUGUUUGGAUGUUCAAGAAUAAUGGAGUGUUCCAUUUAGUGGAAAAACAAGGAGGAGGAGGCAGCACUUGCUCUUCAAGGAAGAAAGUUUUGGUGCACGUGCCAACAGGGGAAGUAGUAUCUUCAUACUCUUAUCUUGAGAGCCUCUUAAAUGAGCUUGGAUGGGAGAGGUAUUAUGGAGGAGACCCUGACCUCUACCAGUUCCACAAGCACUCCUCUAUUGAUCUCAUCUCUCUCCCCAGAGAUUUCUCUAAGUUCAAUUCUGUUUACAUGUAUGAUAUUGUCAUUAAGAACCCUAACGUCUUCCAUGUUAGGGACGUCUGAUUAAACUCUCUCCAUACACCAUAUGUAUAAGUUAGCAUGCAACUCUCUCACUCUAGGUCUUUUGCCAGCUAGGGCUUGUGCUGGCCUUGCAUAUAUAUAUAUAUAUAUAUAUAUAUCCAUCCCUAAACACUCCCCCUCUCUUUUCUAGCUAGCUAGGACAUUUCAAGUGUUGUUUGCAUCUCAUCUUGUGAUGGUUGGUUCUCUUCCUAGUUUUAGAGGAUUUUCAUUUACUAAUCUUUUCAUUGUGUUUGUAUAUAUGUCUUCCUGCCCCUCAUAAGAAUAAAGAGCUUGGAUUCGUUUGCUAU